UAAAGGGGGCGGAAGAGGAGGUAGAGCCAGUCCACGGAGAAACAGGGACCCUCCGCGUUAAAGGCAGGCAAGCCAGAGAAAUAAACACAUACCCAAUCGAAGCAGCGAUUUUCACUGAGAUGCUCCAGCUACUUUCGCUCUGUGUGCGCAAAGGACACCUAGUAAGAUAAUUAUUUAUUUCUUCCAGUGCGUUUUUUUCUAACGCAGCCAACUGUCGCAGUACAGAGGAGGGGACACGGAAACUCUUCACUUCGUCUCAUUUGGAUUUUUUCACUCACAACUUCACCAGAUUUAAAUCCAGUGUUCCACACAGACCAGCAGAUUUUUCUUCUUCCCUCAUGACCGGAGCGACGAUUUGAAUCACACCUGAUAUGGUGUUUCCAAGGUUGGAAGUUGAAUCGAUGCGCACCAGCAUCCAAAUUUGAUUGUGUUAUUCGCUGUAACUUAUUCGCUCUAGCUGAUUUUAACAUUUAAAAAACAAAAAAAGCAAUUCGUUCUCUGAGAUAAUGUUGUUGGAUGCUGGUCACCAGUUCCCCGGACUGGGAGUGGGCUCAUUUGCCAGGCAUCACUCAGCCAGCGAGAUGCAGGAGAGAGACUUGAGUUUGGCACAGAAUAGCUUCGUAGACUCGGCACACAUGGGCGCGUUUAAGCUGAACCAUGAUCUCUCCCCGGGACAGAGCUCUGCCUUCACCACCCAGGCGCCAGGCUACCCCGCUGCGGCUCUGGGGGCUCACGCCGCCCAUGUCACAUCGUAUGCAAGCUCCCCUUUCAACUCCACCCGGGACUUUCUCUUUCGCAGCCGUGGCUUCGGAGAAUCCUCUCCGGCGAGCAGCCAACACACUAUUUUUGGCCCCACGGCAGGAUCCCUCCAUCACUCCCACACAGACUCUCAAGGCCACAUUCUGUUCCCCGGGAUCCACGAGCAGCAUGGCUCCCACGGCUCCCCGAAUGUCCUGAACGGGCAGAUGAGGCUUGGACUACCCGGAGAAGUUUUCGGACGCUCCGAGCAGUACCACCAGGUCUCCAGCCCGAGGACCGACCCGUACUCGGCCGCGCAGCUCCACAACCAGUACGGCUCCAUGAAUAUGAACAUGGGGAUGAACAUGGCAGCCCACCACCACCCCGGUGCCUUUUUCCGCUACAUGAGGCAGCAAUGCAUCAAGCAGGAGCUCAUCUGCAAGUGGAUCGACCCCGAGCAGCUCAGCAACCCGAAGAAGUGCUGCAACAAAACUUUUAGCACCAUGCACGAGUUGGUCACGCACGUCUCCGUGGAGCAUGUCGGCGGACCGGAGCAGACGAACCACGUCUGCUUCUGGGAGGAUUGCCCGCGGGAGAGCAAACCGUUCAAGGCGAAAUACAAACUGGUUAACCACAUUCGGGUGCACACCGGGGAGAAGCCUUUCCCAUGCCCCUUCCCCGGCUGUGGGAAGGUCUUCGCACGCUCGGAAAACUUGAAGAUCCACAAGAGAACACACACAGGAGAGAAGCCGUUCCAGUGUGAGUUUGAGGGCUGUGACAGAAGGUUUGCAAACAGCAGCGACCGAAAGAAACACAUGCACGUUCACACGUCGGACAAGCCUUAUCUCUGCAAGAUGUGUGACAAGUCCUACACACACCCCAGCUCCCUCAGAAAACACAUGAAGGUCCACGAAGCGUCCCCACCUCCAUCAGACUCAUCACCAGCAGCCAGCUCUGGGUAUGAAUCCUCCACGCCUCCAGGCCUGGUGUCCCCCACCACCGAGACCCAGAGCAACACCACCAUGUCCCCAGCCUCCGCCGUCCACAACUCCACCAGUCACAGUGGCCUAUCCUCCAAUUUCAGUGAAUGGUAUGUUUAGGACUAAGGGCGAAAUCAGGCGACACACACACACUCGCUUUUCACAGCACUGGAACCUCCAGCAGGAGAUUUUGGGGGACCUGUGCACACGAGAGGCACACAAACAUUUGUUUAUUUUUUAUUUUGUUACUUCUGAUCCACCAGGGGAGACGAUGAUAUCCAACAGAGGAAAAAUAUGUAUAAUAUUCGAGGUGUAUUUCAUAUUGUAAAUAAUUACUAAAAGCCCACUUUUCCCAUUGGUUGUGAUAGUUUGUCAGUCUUUGGUGUAUAGAUGUUCCUUCAAUGGUAGCUAUUUCUCUAACUGGACUUUUAGUGCACAUAUUACGAUUAAAUUGUACUAUAGUGUUGAAUAUUGUGAUCUUAAGGCAAAUUGAUUGUACUAUACUUAACACCUAUAAACUGGAAAGAGUGCCAAAGUUAACAUUUAACUCAAACAGACCACAAUAUUAUGCUUGUGAAUGUAUGUUUUAGUUUGCUGGGCUUAACUUGUGAUGUUUCGUGCUUUGCAAGUUUGAAUUGUGAAAUACUAUCUGGAAGAUUGUGAGGAAAAUAAACGUUGUGCCGUUCGGUUUUCUGUAACUAAACAUCCCUCCCUUUGUAAAUAUCAGCUGCCAUAUUUAUCCAUUUGUAAUUAAAUUAUGGUAUUUACUUGCUACAGAUGAAACAGUAUUUAUAAAGAAUGUUUCUUUACUAUAAAUAUGUACAAUUAUGAGCUAAACAUGGGCAGUUGUUUCGUUAUGUGCUUUUGUUGAAAGUUUUAAGAGGUGUUUUCUUCCUUAUUGUGAUAAGAAUUUUACUGCAUACAAAUAUAAUAAAAGCUGUUGCAAGUGCUAAAU